CGACGUGUCAGUUAAUACUUCGAUCACUGACCACGUGGACAUCACCUGAAGGACUGACGUCAACAGGAGAGUCACUGAAGCACGAACUUUACACCAGACUCAUCGAUCACACCCACAGUUUCUUGUCCUCACAGUGCUAAUGUCCCCAUUGUGGGACUAAUACAGGAUUAUCUUAUUUGAACGUAAAUCAUUCGAUUCUUAGGCUAUAGUCUUAAAGUUGGAUCCAGGUUAGAGUCACGGUUAAGCGAUAAGUAACUAUGGUUAAUGUCGGGGAUCAGGUGUGAAUUGUGGGAAGGUUAAUUAUGGUUCGGCAUGAGUAGGUUACAUUCAGAAGGUUUUGGUUGGGCUGUCCUCAAGUCUGAGUCCCUUCAUAAGACAUUUAUUCUUCACCAGACCCAAGAUAUUUAUGGCAAAGCCAGACCACAAGACCACCCGGUGGAGAUUCUGACCUCCACCAAUGACCAGCAUCAUCAUCUCCUCAUCUGCCACCAUGUCACCACGAAAGAGACCCCUGGUCCCCGUGAGCAGCCGGCGGAAAGCGGUGGAUGACUACUUCCCCUUCAACUUCCUGCCGGUGGAGUGCCAGCUGCAUGUCCUGUCCUUCCUGAACGAGGUGGAUAAGUGCAGCUGCGCUCUGGUUUGCCUGAGCUGGAGCUGCCUCGUCCGCUCGUGGAAGCUGUGGAGGGUAGCGGACUAUUCCCGUCGCGGUGUCUUCCACCUCGGCCAGGAGGGGCUGCUGGUUUCCAACCGUGAGUUUGAGAGGUGGAAAGCUUGGGUCCACCAUUACACCCACCACCUCAUCUCCCGUCGGGCAAGUCUGCUCACGCUGAAGGCCAGCUUCGACCUGGGGGAUCGCUGCAACAAGUGGAAGGAGCUGCUGAGCCACUUGCUGAACAAUGUUCACUGCAGAGACCUCAGCCACCUGGAUCUGAACUGGACCUUCACUCUGCUCGAGCCGCUCGACCUCAGGGUUCACUCCAGCUCCAGUUCACACCAGGACAGCAUCACCAAAAUGGAUCAGGUGGCCAGUUUCCAGGAGUUGCUCACCGAGCUCACUCAGAGCUGCCCACGCAUCUCCAAGAUGCGGCUCCACUUCGACUGGUCGGACGUGUCCGUGUCGCUGCUCACCCAGUUCCAGCAGCUGCGAGUCCUUGAGCUCAAAUACUUCUGGGUAUUCAAAGGAGUGACCCCCUCGACGCUGCAGACCGUAACCAAGUCCCUGCCCAACCUAAAGUCUCUGACGUUACACAUCCUGGUGCCGCUGAGGAAUCUGGGCAUCUCGUACACUCUGGAAUCUCAGUCCCUGGAGUUCCUGGACGUGUCGCCCAGCCGAGGCUUAGUCUUCUCUUGCCUGAAGCUGCCCGUCCUGCGCGAGCUUCGUGCCAAGAAGAUCGUCCGUGGUAUCACGCUGGACCGGAGGACCAGGCUGAGGAUUCAGCACCGGUGGCCUUGUCUUUACCACGUCCUCCGGGAGGGGACGCCAAAGCUUCAGGCCCUAAACAAUGAGAGGCUGCUUCCCACGUGGAGAGAGGAGAGCUACGGGGAGAUGUCCGCAAUCCUGGAACAGUCCUGUUACUGUGUUCAGCAUCUAGACAGCUGGCUGUGGUAGUGACCUGACUGACAGUCAAUGAAGUACAUCACACAGCUGGUAGAUUCCAGAAGAAGCAAUAUAUGAUUUCAACACAACGUUGUUAUUUCUGUUGGAAUGAACUGAACACGAACUGAUAGGGACACAUUCAUGCACAUGAAGCUGCAGAUAGAACUCAGACUUGAAUUAUAAUCAAAUAACUGCAAGUUGUCUCCAAGACAAAGAGCUGCUGCUGCUUUGGAAACACUUUCUCAAAUGUUGACAAGACAAUGAUGAGCAGCAUCUCUCUUGUUUUAUUUUUAGUUUGUCGAGUAUUUCCAAAAAAGCAAAAGUGCUUCAAGCCGAUUGCACUGACGCGUGUUGGUCUGGAUUCAUUUUCACUGCUGGAAAUGUGACAUUAGCGACAUCUUUACCCGACAUGUGCAUGACCCAAGUAUUAUGAAAUGUCUGAGUGACGGAGUGUAACGGCCUCUCCAUGUUGUGGACAAAUGCCUUUAAACUAAAGCUGCUUUCAGACAUGAACUGAAAUUGAAUUAUAAAAAUAUGGUGCAGACAUUUUCCAACAUUUGUCUUUUACAUGUGGAGCAGCAG